CCUUAAAGUCGCGAAAACUUAUAUGGACCUCACAAAAUCGCCCGCUUCUAAAAACAGAGAAGAGCGUGCGCGAUACAUCGGGGCUUCUUUCCAUCGGGGCUCCUCCGGAUAAGAACGGCGUACGGGAUUUGAGAGGAUAUUCCUCCGACUUCGUUCCGAAUCAAAUCCCCGUCCGCUUAGAAAAGGGUCGUCGCUCUUUCUCCCGUCCGGGUCUCCGAUCGAUUGGGAAUUCCGAUCCGGUUCCGAGCGGUGGGUCUGGUUGCGUCUUUCUUUCGGCAUAGGGAUUCGAUUUGCGGAGCUCCUUAGGCCGACCCAGAUCCGCGCUGCCCUUCCAGCCGAGGGCGAUUCCCCUUCCCCGCCGCCUGCGAUGGAGGCCGAGAAGAAGUACAUUACGGCGGAGGAGCUCCGGAAGCACAGCACGCCGGGGGAUCUGUGGAUCUCGAUCCGGGGGAAGGUGUACGACGUGACGGAGUGGGCGGAGCGGCACCCCGGCGGCGAGAUCCCGCUCCGCACCUUGGCGGGGCAGGACGUGACGGACGCGUUCCUGGCGUACCACCCCGUGUCGGCCUGGCAGCACCUGGAGGGGCUGUACACUGGGUACCGCGUCCGGGACUUCGCCCCCUCCGAGGUGUCCAAGGACUACCGGCGGCUCCACGCCGAGCUCGCCCGCCUGGGGAUGUUCGAGAAGAAGGGGCACAUCGCGGUGUGCGCCCUGACGGCCAUCGCGCUGAUGCUUUCGCUGUGCGUGUACGGUGUGGUGGCGUGCGAGGGCGUGGCGGUGCACUUCCUCUGCGCCGUCCUGCUCGGGCUGCUGUGGAUCCAGGGCGCGUACAUGGGGCACGACUCCGGGCACUACCAGGUGAUGACGACCACGGGAUGCAACCAGAUAACCCAGCUCCUGGCGGGCAACUGCCUGACCGGCAUCAGCAUCGCGUGGUGGAAGUGGACCCACAACGCCCACCACCUCGCCUGCAACAGCCUCGACCACGACCCGGACCUCCAGCACAUCCCGGUGUUCGCCGUCUCCUCGAGGUUCUUCAACUCGCUCACCUCCAUCUUCUACGGCCGGAAGCUCCAAUUCGACUCCGUGGCGAGGCUGUUGGUGAGCUACCAGCACUGGACGUUCUACCCGGUCAUGUGCGUGGGGCGGAUCAAUCUGUUCAUCCAGACAUUCCUCCUCCUCUUCUCCAAGCGGAAAGUCCCAGAUCGCGCCCUCAACAUCCUGGGCAUCCUCGUGUUCUGGACCUGGUUUCCUCUGCUCGUGUCCUUCCUCCCCACCUGGAGCGAGCGGGCCAUGUUCGUGGUCACCAGCCUCAGCGUCACGGCCAUCCAGCACAUCCAGUUCUGCCUCAACCACUUCUCCGCCAACGUCUACAUGGGCCCGCCCAACGGGAGCGACUGGUUCGAGAAGCAGACCGGCGGGACCAUCGACAUCUCGUGCCCGACCUGGAUGGACUGGUUCCACGGCGGGCUCCAGUUCCAGCUGGAGCACCACCUGUUCCCGCGGCUGCCCCGGUGCCAGCUCCGGGGGAUCUCCCCGCUCGCCCGCGACCUGUGCAAGAAGCACAACCUCCCCUACCGGAGCCUCUCCUUCUGGGACGCCAACAUCUCCACCCUCCGGACGCUGCGGACCGCCGCGCUGCAGGCGCGGGACCUGUCCAGCCCCGUGCCCAAGAACCUUGUCUGGGAAGCCGUCAACACCCACGGCUGAUGAGCAGGCGUGGAGGAGGAGGGGGGCUUGGGGCCUUUCAAUUCGACAUUUACAGCAUUUCUUCGCGCAUUCCCAGACUUUUCAGAUGAUUUUUUUCUUCAGCCCCUGCCUUGUUUCCAUUUCGCACACCAGCCGUUCUUCAGAAUUCGAUUCGAUUUCAAUCCCCCGGAGUUCUUUACCUGCGAGGUUUGAUUUGCUAAUGUUCGAUCUUCGGCUCUCUCUUAUAAUAUUAAUUUGUUUCUUUUGAGCAUUUCUUUUCUUACCUGUUUCUUGCUCGCCUUUCGUUCUUAUUUCUCGUACCCAUCAUCAAUA